UACGUCGCUCUGGAGCUCUGCUCCUGCUUUGCUUCGUCUUGAUUCCCGUUCUUCGGCAUCGCUUUCCCGACCUUUAUAGAUUAAGCAACAUGGAAAAUCAGGUUCUGCGAUCCUCGACAAUGCAACGGAGCCAACUGCCGCGGCCAGGCAGCGUUUUCGGCCUGACUGAGCUGAGCGAUUCUCAAAGCAAUUCUCGCCUUCCUCCCUCCAAUCGCCCACCACCCUCCAAGAUAGGGAUUCCAAAGCGAGAGACCCCUCAGCCUGUGUACCAGCCAGAACCCAAACGAAAGGCCCAUGAAAGAGCCGGCGAAUAUCCCGAGCAACCACCAGCCGCCGGGAUCAACGCUGUCCCCCGCCCGAACGGCCACGUCAAAGGCCAGUCUUUAUCGUCGUUCAAGAACCUCUACUCCUCUCGACACACAUCCGGGCCCCCGAGCUCUGCGAUAUCGCGACAGACCUCUAGCAGCAGCUUCGCAAGUAGCGUCGGACCCGGCCGAUUCGCCCCCUCCGAUCGACCGAAGACGGCCGCCUCGAAUAACCGCUCCCUCUACGGCCGACCCAAAACCGCGUCCGCGUCCGCGUCCGCAACCGCACGACCUCAUACGGCGUAUGGGAAUCGAGCGGAAGAUGAUUAUUAUGUUGAAGGAACUGGGCAUACUGCCCUAGACGUCAACGAAAAACUGGGCGAGGUCGACGAUCAGAUUCGACAGAUGAAAGAAUUCAUAGACACCUCGUUGUCCGAUCGAAAGGCGGCGGACGAAACUUUGGAAUGGCAAAGGAAGAGAACCUCCGAAGUCGAAGCCGAACGAGACAGACUGGAUGGGCGCAACCAGACGCUGCAGGCAAACUUGGACAGUUUGAAGGAGCGAUUCCAACAACUGACGUUUGACCUGGAGACGGAGAGACGGAAUCACAAGUACGAGCUGGAAGACGAGUCGAGGAGACACAGGCGGGAACUGGAGGAACUUCGAAAGGAACUCGAGGAGGAGACGGAGCGGCUGCAGAAGAGUCAUCGCGAGGCGAUGGAAGCGCUGGACCGGCACUACCGGGUGGAGCUCGAGGACGAACGAAGCAUCAAGUCGAGAGAGGUGGAAGAGCUGCGGCUUAAACUCGGCAACGAGCAGCAGGAUCUCCACCUCGCCCUCCAAAAGAAGGACCGCGAUCUGUCAGAGAUGCGUUCGCAACUCGAGGCGUGGAAGGGGGACCUCGACCGGGAACAGGCGUUGCGCAAGAAUCUCGACGGCAGCAUCUCGGAGUUGGCGGCAAGCAACGUCACACUCGAAGCCAAGAUCAACUCGCUCAAGUCGCAGGUGGAGUUCCUCGAAUCGGACAGCAAAGCGCAGUCGGACUCGUUUGCCAGCAUGGAGGCGCGGCUGCAGGAAGCCCUGCGGGUGGCGGAGGAGGCUCGGCAGAAGCUCAUCAAGGAGGAGACGGAGCGGCGCAUCCUGUUCAACAAGUACCAGGAGCUCAAGGGCAACAUCCGAGUUAUGUGCCGGGUGCGGCCGAUGUUGGGCCCGGGCGACGGGGAAGGCGCCAAGAUCACGUUCCCAGACGACAAGACAUGGGCGGAGAUUGCGGUGCAAGGCGCAGAGGAGAUGAGCAGCCUGGGCAAGGUGACGCGGAAGAACUUCAACUUUGAGUUCGACCGGGUGUUCGCGCCGGGGGCGGCCAACCAGGACGUCUUCGACGAGAUCUCGCAGCUGGUGCAGAGCGCGCUUGACGGCUACAACGUGUGCAUCUUCUGCUACGGCCAGACGGGGUCGGGCAAGACGCACACCAUGUCAUCUCGGGACGGAAUGAUCCCGCGGGCGACGCACAUGAUCUACGAGACGAUAAGCAAGCUGAAAGAGAAGUCGUGGACGUACACGAUGGAAGGGUCGUUCAUCGAGGUAUACAACGAGGAGCUACACGACCUGCUGUCGCCGCACGGGCGGGAGAGCGCAGGGUCAGCGGCGGGGGCGGGUCAGCAGGCGAAGAAGCUGGAGAUCCGGCACGACGAGGCGCGAAAGCAGACGACAGUGACAAACUGCAAGACGGUGGAACUCGACUCGGCGGACAAGGUGGAGGCGAUGCUGGAGCAGGCGUCGGCGAACCGUGCGGUGGCGGCGACCAAGUCGAACGAGCGGUCGUCACGGUCGCACAGCGUGUUCAUCCUCAAGCUGGUGGGACACAACAAGGCGACAGGGGAGCGGUGCGAGGGGACGCUGAAUCUGGUCGACCUGGCCGGGUCGGAACGGCUGAAGCAGUCCGGGGCGGAGGGGGAGCGGAUGAAGGAGACGCAAAGCAUCAACAAGAGCCUGGCAUGCCUGGGGGAUGUUAUCGAGGCGCUGGGACGGGGCAGCGGACAUGUGCCGUACCGGAACAGCAAGCUGACGCACUUGCUGCAGUACUCGCUGGGAGGUAACAGCAAGACGCUCAUGUUUGUGAUGGUGAGCCCGCUGGAGGUCCAUCUCAAGGAGACUUUGACGAGUCUGCGGUUUGCGACUAAGGUCCACAAUACCCAUAUCGGCACAGCCAAGGCGACGAAGAAGGUGUCCGCAUGAGCAAGGAGGAUACUAUUGAAGCGAAUCUCUUUCCCCUCUCCUUCGCGA